UCGUUCAAACCGAAGAAAUGGAAAAGGAGCGAAAAUCCUCCAAACAAUAUGGGUCUUUGGAACGAAGCAAAUUGGAUGGAAAAGCUGAUAAGAAGGCAGAGGAAGACAUUGUCUCAAUGGCGGACUCCACCAUCACAAUAGAUCACAUCGAAGGGGAGCUUUUCAGAAUCGAGCGGAUACGUGAUGUUCUAGUACGGAGGGAAUCCGAACUAAGAUACAUGAUGGACGACAUUCAGCUUUGCAAGGAAAUCACACGGCUGAAAAAAGAACUUCAGAAGCUGGUGUCUGUUUCAGACACAGACAAAUCCAACGAGGACCGGCAGAGGGAGGAGGAGUUGCUGCAGCAGAUCCACAAGCUGGUGGAGACCAGGGACUUCCUGGUGGAUGACGUGGAGUUUGAGAGGCUCAGAGAGAGAGAGGAGGACAAAGAAAUGGCAGAUUUCUUGCAGUCUAAAUUCCCAAAGACCUCAAAGAAAAAAGAUGUCACAGAGGACCGAAGAAUGACCUCCAAAGCCCAGCAGACUUCGUCCACUCCCUUCGUCACCAAAACUGGUCUCACCCUUCUGAAGGAGUGUUGCGGCUUCACAUGCUCUGUCAUGUAG